AGAUAAGGAGUAACAAUCUCAAUCAAGUACAUACAGAUACAGAACCACAACUACAAACCAAUCAUAUAGCAGCAGUAGCAUCAAACAAUAUACCAUUAGAUAGACAGGCAGCAGCAGUUUUGAAUACCAAUCCUCUAAUACAUAAAACUUACAGUGCGAUCAUAAAGUGA